AUGGCUCGUAGGCAGAGUGAUUGCCUCACUAAGUAUUUAUUAAAUACUUACGCAACUCCAUUCCAAUGUGUUGCAGCUAGAGGUUGUGGCGCGAGAGGGCGCGGUGCUGAGGCCGUGGUGGCAGAGCUAGAGGCCGGGGCCGGAUUGUGGACUUCGGCGGAUUCGGGAGAGAGUGUGGCGCCGAGUGUGGCGACUGCGUCGGUGACCCAGUCGGUAUCCGUGGCGAGUGAGGCCAGUGUGGAUGCGAGUGUUGGUUUGGGAGCGGGGGCUGCUCCGGGUUGGGGUGGUGCUCCGGCUCAGGGUCUUGAUGACUUAGUGGUGGGUUUGCUGACGCAGUUAUUGGCUCGUUUUCCGCCAGUGGUUCCACAGGGGCUCCGGGAGUACCUCCAGUGGCAGAGGUGCAGCAGAGGGCUGCGGGUUUGUUCAGCCGCAGGCUGUGGGUUUGAUGGUGCCGCCUAUUUGGAUAUGAUGGGGCACAUGCAGAGGAUUGGUACGCCGUACUUUGAGGGCGGAGUGGUGUUAGAGAUUGGAGCGGAAUUUCCAGUCUAUCAGAUGUUUGUUUAG